UUCGACUUUCGGAAUGAUCAGCAAGCUGGACAGUGUGCUCAUGACCCAGAGGAAAUUUAUCUUCCAUUAUAAGAACGUGCGCUGGGCCCGAGGGAGAAACGAGACGCACCUUUGUUUUGUAGUGAAGAGACGCACCGGCCCUGAUUCCCUCUCUUUUGAUUUCGGACACCUGCGUAAUCGUUCCGGCUGCCACGUAGAGCUGCUCUUCUUGCGUCACUUGGGUGCGUUGUGUCCGGGGCUGUGGGGUUCCAAUGUGGACGGUGCGAGAAUGUGUUACGCAGUGACCUGGUUCUGCUCCUGGUCGCCCUGCUCUAAAUGCGCUCAACAGCUUGCCCACUUCCUGUCGCAGACGCCCAAUCUCCGUCUCAGAAUCUUUGUGUCACGCCUUUACUUUUGUGAUGAAGAGGACAGCGUGGAAAGGGAAGGACUGCGACACCUGAAGAGGGCAGGAGUGCAGAUCUCUGUGAUGACUUAUAAAGACUAUUUCUACUGCUGGCAAACAUUUGUUGCACGGAAGGAGAAGAGUUUUAAGGCCUGGGAUGGCCUUCAUCAAAACUCUGUCCGACUUGUUCGAAAACUCAAUCGGAUCCUGCAGCCCUGCGAUACUGAGGAUCUGAGGGACGGGUUUGCUCUCCUCGGCCUAUGAUCACAAAUAUGAGAUUCGCAAAUCAAUGAACACUGAGAAAUGUACUUAAUGGGAUGAAGAGAAAUGGUGCUGUACGACCUGAGACUUGAAUCCUUUGACUUGAAUCUGACCUAAUUCUUAUCAUGUACUGUAUUGUGUGUAGCAUUAAUAUGAUUAUGUUGGAUGUCAAAAUA